AUGAAGAAUAAGGGCGGGGGGAGUGGGGGGCGUGGUGGGGCCGAGCAGAACGCCAGCGACCUCAGGGGCCAGAGCCCUUCCUGCGAAGGAGGGCGUCCGCCUUUGCGACCCAGCUCGGAUCUGCAGCCUUCAGACGGCCUCCUGCCCGUAUUCCCCGGUGUUCGUCCUUCUGCUCCACCGUCGGUGGGUUCGCAGAGCCUGCUGGAGGCUUUGGGCUCUGGGCACUGUAUGGGAGGCGACAUCAGGCCCAUGGCGGCGGUGGUCCUUUCUGGCCUGGCAGCGCGGCUGUCACUCUCAGCCGCGACCCGCUGCUCCUACCGCGCCUUCUGCAAGGGGCUGACACGUCCGCUGCUCAUCUUAUUCGACCUGGCCUGGCGGCUGCGCAAAAACUUCCCCUACUGCUACAUCGUGGCCUCCGUGAUGCUCAACAUCCGCCUGCAGGUACAUAUUUAG